AUGACUUCCAACCGAUCGCCAAGAGGUCCUCUCUUCUCCACGACAACCGGUUAUUCGGAAAUUGACGAGCUUAAUCGGAUUUUACUGGUUGAACGAGAGCUGGUGCUCAAGACGCAAGAAAAUUAUCGAAAUCUUAAACAAAAUUUUGUCGAAUUAAGCAAGGAAAAUGAGCAAUUAAGGGCGAAAAUUGAAGCGAUUGAACGCGAAAACUUUGAAAAUGAGGAUGUUCGCGACAAUUUUGCCACGUUGCAGCAGAAAAGUGCACAAAUUAUCAAGAAUAUGCAAUUGGAUAAUGAAGAAAGAGAGGCUAGAUAUGAGCAAUUUCGAGUAGAAGUGCUCGAGGAGCUUCAAUGUGUUUAUAGGAAAGAAAUUGCGAGCCAAAAUUCGGAAAUUGCCAAGUUACGAAAUGAUCGAAACGAGUUGGUUAAAGAAAACGACGAAUUACUUGAAAAGAUCUCCGAUUUUCAUUCUGAAAUCGAGAAUUUGAAGCGAAAAGAAAAACAAAGAGAAGCCGAGAUUCGAGAGGAAUACGAUAAGAAAAUGAUGGAAAUGAUAAAGAAUGAAUCGAAAGUUUCGCCGACAUUUUUGAAAUUUUCUGAAGUAAUUGAUGAUUUGAGAGAGCAAUUGAACAAAAAAGAGGCGAGCCAUUUGGCGAGAUGUCAACAGCUCGGAGAAACGUUGAUUGAGAGGAAUAAGGACAUCGAAAAUCUGAAACGGAAUGAAAAUUCGCUGAAAAUUGAAAUAAUUGGAUUGAAGCAGAAGAUUGAGGAAGCGGAGAGGAAGGGAAAUGAGGAUAAACUAAAAGAAAAAGAAAUAGAGAUUGCGCAGGCGAACAGAAAACUGGAAGCGAAUUUGAAAGAACGAAUUAAUCUUGAAGCCCAAAUUCGAGAAAGUGAGAGAAGUUGGGAAAAACGAAUGGAAGAUGCUCAAGAAGCGUUUGCUGUACAGAUUUCCAAGAUUGAAUCGAUUUGCAUUAAGAAGGAUGAGCGAAUUAGAGAGCUUGAAUCGGCUGUUGACGGACUUGACGAUCUUCAGAAAUUGAUCGAGAAAACCGAAAAUUCUAGGAGAAUCGAACAAGAAAACCGAGAGAGACUUGAAAAAGAAUUGAAGAAUUUAUAUGGAAAAUUGGAUGCGGUGAAUGAGGAGAAAGAAACGUUCAUGGCUGGAAUACGUCUGGAACGAAACAUAUUGGAGCAGUCCGUUGUCGAAUUGAAAAAACAACUUGAGACGACUCCUGAAACGGUUGCAGAAGUUACGAAACUUCGGACAGCUCUUCGCGAAUCGGAAAAUAAGCGGUUCAAUGACAAGGAGAGAUAUCAAACGUUACUUUCCGAAAUGAAAGUGGCUUUGAAAUCAAUCGAAAAACAACAACGGAAUACACAAAACAAAUUGAGAGAGACAUUGGCGGCGAAAUUAUUGUGA